AUGAGUCCAGACUACGAUUACCUUUUCAAACUUCUGCUAAUUGGGGAUUCGGGUGUUGGAAAAUCAAGUUUACUCCUAAGAUUUGCUGAUGAGACUUAUAGCGAAACAUACAUUAGCACAAUUGGUGUUGACUUCAAAAUACGAACUAUCGAUUUGGAUGGUAAAAUUGUAAAACUUCAGAUUUGGGAUACGGCUGGCCAAGAACGUUUUCGGACAAUUACUGCUUCAUACUAUCGUGGCGCUCAAGGAAUUAUAAUUGUCUAUGAUAUAACAGACCAGCAAACAUUUGUAAAUGUCAAAAGUUGGCUUCAGGAAAUCACCUGUUAUGCAAACUCCAAAGUUAAUCGUCUUUUGGUUGGAAACAAACAUGAUUUGGCGAGUCGGCGAGCUGUUGACAAAUCGGUUGCAGAGGAGUUCGCGAAGGAAAAUAACAUGCCUUUCUUAGAAACCAGCGCCAAAGAUGCUACUAACGUUGAAGAUGCAUUCAUGGAAAUGGCUAGACAGAUCAAAGCAAGUGCUACACCAAUGCAAAAUAUGUUAUCUUCCACUGUACCAGUUAAUAGUACACAACCUAUUAAGAAAAGUUCAGGAUGUUGUUAA